AUGAGCAGCUCGAACCCACCUACAGUAGACGGUCAGAGUAUCAUUAUCCCCGAUCCAGAGGGCCAUGCGAGAAUCACCAUGUAUCUCGACGCCCAUACUUCGGGUACCCAAAGCAAUCAAUGGGGGAAUGACACUCGAGCUUCGCUGGAAAAAGUAUUCUUGGAUCACAGUUCCAAUCAUGGUCCCUCAGGCCCAAAGUUUACCUAUAAAGAAGAAAAUGGAAUAUCAUCUUUAUCUUGCAAUGGUUGCGGUAAUACACAUGUUCACUUUGAUCCCUCGACUGACCCAGAUCUUGACAAGGUGAAUACGAUGAUCAAUGGAUCGGAUAUCGUGGCAUCCCAAGACGGAGAAACUCAGGUCGAUGUUAAGAAGCUGUUGCAAGAACUACAAGAUUUGAAGAAUCUCGAUAAUCCACUGAUUUCCACCAGGUAUUCAAAUGACCGACAAAAAGUUGAAACGGUAAAAUUCAAGAGCGAUCAAGACGAAUACUUCAGACCGAAUUGUAUCGAUCAUUGUUUGGAUUGCUCUCAGCUCUGGUACGAUGCCGCGUUCAACAGGAAGGACCCAAAAGCUGUAGCAGGGUGUAGUCUCUGUAGUGCAGUGGUGGUAGGAGGUCUAACUGCUUUCAUCGUCAGUGGACUCUCAGCAGCGGCCGCAUCCCAGACUGGACUGUGA